AUGAUUAUUAUUCUAUUAUUCUCCUUGAUUUUUUCAAUAAAUUGCCAGGUUUGCGCUUAUUAACCUUUUACAUAUACAACCUUUCACAGAUGUUUUGUGCUCAAGAUUUCUGUGCUUUGAGCAAAAACAAAUUUUUUCUGACAAAAAAAAUGAGUUCAAAGAAUUUCGGCAAAAUAUAUGAUUAAAAAAGUAAAGCUAGAUUGAGGAAAAAUUGUCUAGUUUGGAAAAUAUGAAAGGUGAUCUUACGGAAAAAAUGAAAUUUUGAAAAUUAGGGAAAAAAAUUGAAUUUUAAAAUAUUUUUGAGAAAGAAAAUUCAAAAAAAAAUCAAUUUUUUUUCAGAAUCAAACCACAAAUUGCAACAUUUACGAUGAAGCUCAUUACUGUAAAAUGCUCACAAUCGAUGUGCAUUUGAGCACACUUGCAAUAUCUCACCGAUGCAUUUGUCCUGACAAUUUCAAAUGCCCAAAAGACACAGAUGACACAAAAUUGAGUGUUCGGUAAGCUUCUUUUUUCCUGAUUUUUAGAUGAGUUCUCAAAUUUUCAGAUGUCAUUUUGAUCCAGAAAAACAAUGGAAUCGUUGUUAUCUUCCAUGCACUCCUUCUGAUCUUUAA